CUGGAUCAACGAGUUCGGCCAAGGUGGGAGUUCCUGAUGUGGCAGCGUGUGGCGUCUGGUGUGGCGCUGGUUGCCGGCGGCGCCGCGGCGGGUGUAUACUUGGAUCGUCUUGCAAAGCAACGUGAAGGAGAUAUCAAGACGAUCGUGGAAGCCAUCGGCAACACUCCGCUGUUGGAAAUUACGAGCUUGUCCAAACUCACGGGCUGUCGAAUCCUGGCCAAGGCCGAGUUCAUGAAUCCCAGCGGUAGCGUGAAGGAUCGUGCCGCCAAGUUUUUGAUCGAAGACGCCGAGGCCAGAGGAAAGCUCAAACCUGGAGGCAUCGUGGUCGAGGCCACAGGAGGCAACACAGGUGUGGGUCUGGCCAUUGUGGCCGCAGCCAAGGGUUACCGCACCAUCUUCACCAUGCCGGACAAGACUUCCUCCGAAAAGAUUGAGCUCAUGACGGUUUUGGGGGCCGACGUGCAUGUGCAACCGAGCGUAGCCAUGGACGACCCGCUCCACUUUUACAACGUAGCCAAGACCAUUGUGACAUCGAAUCCGUUGUGCUUUGGGCCAGAUCAAUUCGAAAAUGUAGCAAACAGCGAAGCCCAUUAUGCUGGCACUGGGCCAGAGAUCUGGCGGCAAACCGCCGGAAAACUCGAUGGGUUUGUCGUGGCGUCGGGCACGGGAGGCACGAUCGGGGGCGUGUCGAGAUUCCUCAAGGAGCAAAACCAGUCGAUUCAAGUGUGGCACAUCGAUCCAAUGGAAGGCGGGGCGUCGUCCGACUAUGUCAACACCAAGCAGUCUACGAUCGGGCCCGAUGGCUUUGAGUAUAUUCCAAAGCGCGAGGGCGCCACGGUCGCGGAAGGAAUCGGUCUGGCCCGUGUAACCCCCAACUUCAAAACGGGGUCCAUCGACCGCGGCAUUUUUGGCACCAACGGGGAGAUAGUUCAGAUGGCAUACUACCUCCUUCGCCAUGAAGGGCUGUUUGUGGGACCGAGUGCUGCCCUGAAUGUGGUGGGGGCAGUGAAAAUGGCUCGGGAAAUGGGACCUGGGCACACGAUCGUGACGGUCUUGUGCGAUGGAGGCGACCGGUACCGCAGCAAGCUCUACAAUGCCAAAUGGCUGGAGAUAGAAAAGCUGACAGACUACGUCAACGCCCCGCUGCAGUUGUGAGUUGAUGGAAAAAAUGCGGCUCUCGAUCGAGAUAACACUGUCCUGGACGUCGUGUUGAGUCGAGUUUGGUGUACCAGCGUCUUUCCAGGAAAGAGGAACCAGAGGGGUGGGUUCUAUGGUCGAGUUGAACCGUCCAGGAUGGCCAUAAAGUUGAACGAGCAGCGCCAUUGAUGGCGGCAAAGUCGAAUUCCA